UCCAACCCUUCGAUGUCCAACUCGAACUCAGGUACACCGCCUCCCCCCGCCCUCCAGGGCGAAGACCCAUGGGCCGAGUACGAGCCCUGGCAGCAUCGCCGCGUCCUCCUCCUCGUCGCUGUCCAGCGCGCCAUGCUCGCAAAACCACCUGCGGGUGUCCCCGCAGCAGCUGUUGUUGGCCCCAACAUCACCCGCAUCCUCGAAGCCGCGCGAAACGCACCACAUCCACCACUUAUCAUUCAUGUUCGUAACAAUGGCGACGUGGGCGAGCCGGACGAGCCGGGCGUCGAUGGCUGGCAGCUCGUUCACGAGCCCCUCCCGCACGAGCCCGUCCUGGACAAGCUGAAAAAUAAUGCGUUCGCAAACACCCGUCUCGGCACCUAUAUUUGUCCCGAAGCAGAGAUCGUCAUGGUCGGCACGCAAAGCGACUUCUGCAUUCGCGCGACGUGCAAUGCUGCGAUACAACGAGGAAAUGAGGUGUUGAUACUCAGAGGGGCGCAUGCGACGUAUGACAGGUUAGAGGUGUGGAAUGGGGGCACUAUCACUCCGGCGUCCAAGGUCGAGAAGGAGGUGGAAGUGCAGCUGGAGGAGGCUGGCGCAAUCCUACUGGAUAUGAACGACCUACCUGACCUCUUUGCGGAUCGAUAGACGAUGACUCGGUUGCUGACACGACUUGGACUCGCGGUUACCAUCGCAUGCAAAUCUUUGUAACGGAAUGUAUUUACACCUGUAUUAUGUGGAUGAUUGGGGAUUCGAAUGUAGCAUUCGUCACCUUUUAUCCAAGCGGUCCUU